UGGGUAAUCCAUUUUUGUCUGCGGAGAGGAGAGGAGAACCGGGGAGCUGAGACCUUUUCACACACACCCCCAUGGAAAUAUCAAGGUUUUAUCUGAAAAGCUAAGGUGAAGUUCAAGAUGGAGAGGAAGGAAGAAAUAUGGAACUUGGAUCCCCAGGAACCUGACCAAGAGGAGACUUCAAAAGAGACCAGCUCAGAAAUUGACAAAAUGGCUUCUGCAGCCAUUACAGUUUCCACGGCUGCUGUGGCUGCCAUUAAGACCGUCAUAGGAAUCCAGUCUCGCAUUUUCACAAGACUGGCGAUGCGCCGGAAGUUUCUGCUCCGUGAGCAUGACGAUCUGGAUGACCUUGAGCGGAUGGUGGAAAAUACAGCCGCUGUGCGCCUCCGGGCGGUUGUUGAGUCCAGCAUUGACUCUUUGAAAGCCCUGAUGUGCUCCUGCCUCUUCCAGUCUCCUGCUGUUCUUGCCGGGCUGAUAGAUGAGCUUUACAUAAUGGAACGUGCUUUCUGGGUGCAGCCGGGCCGCUCUGAAUGGUGGGAAAAGGUUGUCCUGCCCCAUUGGGAUGACCCGCUCUGGCAAGAGAAUUUCAGGAUGAGCCGGCAAACUUUCAUGGAACUGUGUGACAUGCUGAGGCCUGUCCUUGAGCGGCAGACCACCAACAUGAGAGCCCCAAUCACUGUGGAGAAGCAGCUAGCUAUAGCCAUCUGGAAGCUGGCAACCCCAGACAGCUACCGAUCAGUGGCAGAGUGUUUUGGCGUCGGGCGCUCCACAGUGUCAAGGAUAGUCAUGGAGGUUUGCCAAGCACUAUACGAUGUGUACCACCAUGUGGUCCACCUGACUGGUUCCCAGGAAGUGAUGAAAGGAUUUGCUGCCAAGGGCUUUCCUCACUGCAUAGGGGCCAUUGACACAACUCAUAUCCCUAUCAUUGCUCCAGCGCACAGAGCAACAGAGUACAUCAAUAGCAAAGGUUAUUAUUCCAUGGUCCUGCAGGCGCUUGUGGACCACGAAGGCAGGUUCACGGAUGUCUACGCCGGGCGAUCUGGGAAAGUUCACGAUGCCAGGAUCUUUCGUAGCUCGCCCAUCUUCCGUGCCAUGAAUCAAGGCACAUUUGGUCCCAACAUGACCAUGGACAUGAAGGGCGAGAAAGUAAAACCGGUCAUCCUCGGGGACCCUGCUUAUCCCCUUCUGCCGUGGCUAAUGGCUCCUUACAGUGGCCACUUGGACACUGUCAAGCAGCUGUUCAACGACACCCUCAGCCACUGUCGAAUGGUGGUGGAAUACGCUUUUGAGCGCCUGAGGGGCCGUUGGCGAUGCCUCCUCUCCCGCCUGGAUGUGCGGGAGCGCUAUGCCCCCAGGGUCAUUGUGGCCUGCUGCAUUCUGCACAACAUAUGUGAGUCCAAAGGAGAGCCUCUCCAGGAAGGGUGGGAGGAAGCGGUGAGAUCCGUCUCAAGGUCUUACCAGCAGCCGGAGAGACAGCCUGUGUACGUGUCAAACCCCCAUGCCCGGGAGAUCAGGGAUCUUUUUUGUGCAUACAUAGAAAGGAGAGAGCGGUGGAAAUAGGGCUAAAUCCGUUGUGUGUCCCCCCCACACACACACAAAAAGUGGCAGGUCUUGGGGAAAAUAUACAAUUUCUUCUACCUCUGCCCAUAUUUGUUUUUUUUUAUGACCUAUUUUGAUGGCAGCUAUGAAAUUUGUCAGGGAGCCCUGGUUAGUUUAACUGGUAGCAGAGGGCAGCAGCACUACAUAACAUAAGAGGAGCCUGCUGGAUCAGGCCAAUGGUCCAUCUAGUCCAGCAUCCUGGUCUCACCGUGGCCAACAAGUUGCCUGUGCAAGAGCACUCUCCCCUAUUGCGGCUUCCAGCAGCUGGUAUUUGGAAGCAUACUGCCUCUGCCUAUGGAGGCAGAGCACCAUGGCUAGUUGCCACUGAUAGCCUUUUCCUCCAUAAAAUUGUCCAGUUGUCUUUUAAAGCCAUCCACUGUGGUUUAAUCAAGGCUAGAAGCCACCAUUUAAAUUUUCCAGAGCGCUCCAGUGUAGCAUCACUCCAGGACACUGUAGGAAAUUGAAGUGGCAGCUCCCAGCAGCCUGGCACAGACUGAAACACUGGAAAUAAUUAUUUCUAAAAAGGGCAUCCAGAUGAGGUGUCAAUGGUGCACUGGGACCAUAGCAGCUGCUCAGGGGUGCUUGUGACGACCUUCCCUGGCUCUCCCUGUCAGGUUCCUACCUGCUUGUGCCAGAGCUUGGAAAAGUUACUUUUUUGAACUACAACUCCCAUCAGCCCCAGCCAGCAUGGCCACUGGAUUGGGCUGAUGGGCGUUGUAGUUCAAAAAAGUAACUUUUCCAAGCUCUGCUCAUGGCUACUGCCUGUCACUAGGCACCACCAGGGACUCCACCAGUCCGGACUGUCCUUUUUUAUGGUUUCUCUCUCCGCUGUAGCACAGACCUCACCAGAUCCCUCUGCUAGGCAGCACCACCAGUCACGUCCUAUAACCAGUAUUCCCAGAGACUCUGCCUGAGUCUCUCUCAAUCAGGUUACCUCUGUGACUGCGUGCUUAAGCUGUCCCAAUCCCUUUGAUCUAUAUAGAAUGCAUAUAAUUCUGGGUUGCUCUGGAUACUUGUGGUGUUAUAUUCUUCCCUUCACCGCUGCCACCAAUUGUUACAGUUUCCCUUCAGCCUUGGUAAGUACCUUGCCCUCCCCUCUGGUCUGUAUAUUCCCCAGCCAAGGAUCAGGCCUCCUGUAAACCAGAAUAGUGUUUAUUAAAUAUUAGAAAUAACAAUAUUACUUUAUAAAGGCACAUAAGCAUAUGGUUUCAUCUAUUCCUGUGAUACUUGUCUUAGUAUUAAUCCGAACUCCACACUUUCCUCACAUCCACCAACUCUCCACACAAUCUCCUCUCAAAAACCCCACCAAACACCUCUCAAACAACCCACCAACGUCCACCAAACACCUCUCAAACAACCCACCAACGUCCACCAAACACCUCUCAAACAACCCACUAAUGUCCACCCAGAUUCAACUGUCAUCCUUCCAUUUAUACUCUCAGCCAUUCAAACACUCAGCCAAUCAUCCAGUAUUCUACUGCUCAUUUACUCCCCCCCCUUUCACUCCACUUACCACAUAUCUUCUAUACAAACAGUACUUACCAUAUAUACAUUAAUACAGGAACAUCACAGUGCUACAUGAGGAUACAGCAAGAGAUGGAGACUGACUGCAGAAGGAGAAGCCACACUUCCUUUAUGUUUUUUCCAGCCAGAAAAUAAAGGAGAGCUGGCAUGUAAAGGCAAGUGAUGCCAAAGCAUAAUGGCUGCACAUCUGAGCUAUGAAUCAGAAGGUUCCAAUCUCUUCUCUUCUUAAAGCUUGCGGAGACCUUGGGCAAGUUACUGUCUCUUCGCCUCUCCCAUCGGCAGUAUGGGAAUAGUAAACUGACUACCAUACAGGUUGUUGUAACGGUUGCAAAGUAACGUAUGUGAAGGGCUUGAACACUGUAAAACAAGGGUGAGGAAUCUUUUGGCCUCGACAUGUUGCUGCACUACAAUUUGCAGCAUCCCCAGCAAGCAUGGCCAGGGUCCAGGGAUGAUGCCGUUUAGCAGCAUGUGGAGGACCAAAGAGUUCCCCACACCGGGCUGAAAUAAACUUGUAGGGACAGUGUUGACUCAGAGUUGACAGAAGUGUUUUGUAAUAUGUUUUGGGUGUAUAGAUUUCAUCUGGAGUUCAGUCCCUCAAAUCUGCCAACUUUAAGAAAAACAAAAUGCUGGCAUCUUUUCACUGAGUCCUGUAAGAUUGGACCCUGUUCUACAUGUUUGAAUCCUCUGAAAUUCUGUUUUGUUUGCUUGUAUAUGCUUUGGAUGUAUUCUUAUAUUCCUUUUUUUUUACUGGUUUUAAGUUGUGCUUUUGCUGUAACAUUUUAAUGAUAUAAUUGUUUUUUUAGACUG